AUAGGAGUGGAAAUAACACAAAGCAAUCAAAGUAGUAGGCUACAGUACUAAAUGUUUGCUGAGUUUCUGAAUGUCUAGGAUGUCAUUCCUGGGCUAUACAACUCUGCUCUUAUGUUGGAUAUAUUGUACUGCAGAAAGAGCUUGUAAAGAACCUCCUCCUAGAAGGGUUAAAGAAGUGCCUACUGAAAGAUGGGACAAACCUCCCUAUCCACAUGGUACUCAAGUAACAUACAGAUGUCGGCCUGGAUAUAUAAAACUUGGACGAAUUGUGUUUGAGUGUGCUGAUGGAGCAUGGAUGCAACGGCUCCCAGGGGCAGAAUGCAGAAAUAAGCCCUGUGGACAUCCUGGAGAUAUUGAGUUUGGUUCUUUUGAACUUACCAGUGGAAGUGAAUUUGUAUUUGGUGCCAGAGUUGAGUACAGAUGUAAUGAUGGAUACCAGAUGCUCAGCCAAAGAAAUUACCGUGAGUGUCAGGCAGAUGGAUGGAGCAAUGACAUCCCUCACUGUGAAGUGGCAAAGUGUUUACCUGUACAAGCACCAGAAAAUGGAAGAAUAAUUAUGACUGGUGUAUUUGAGCUAGGCCAAGAAUAUUCCUUUGGCCAGGUUGUAAAUUUUGAAUGUAAUGCAAAAUACAAGCUUGUCGGAUCUAAAGAACUAAUUUGCUCUUCUAAUGGACAAUGGAAUAGUGGUGUGCCUCAGUGCCAAGAGACUAUCUGUGAUGUGCCAAAAAUUCUGCACGGACAGGUACGUUCUCCAAAGGAGGCUUACAAGGAAUCUGAACAACUACAGUUUGCCUGUGACGAAGGCUACAAAUACGGUGAAAGAGCUGAUGUAAAAUGUACUGAAUCAGGAUGGAAUCCAACCCCCUAUUGCAUAGAAGCUGUAUGCUCUCCUCCAAGAAUUCCCAAUGGGAACUUUAGACCUCGAGAAGACAGCUACGGAGUAGGUGAUAUCAUCACAAUACAGUGUAAUCCUGGAUAUCGUUUUAAAACACUGACUGGCAAAACCACAGCUGAAUGCACCAGGGAUGGCUGGGUACCUGAUCCAGGUUGUGUCCAAAGACCAUGUUUGCCACCACAACCUGUAGAAUGUGCUGAUGUUCCCCAGCUGGAAAAUCAAAACUUAAAAAUUAUAAAAGAAGGGAAAACAAUGUAUUUGGCUGGUGCUAGAUUUAAGUAUGUUUCUCGUUCUGGAUACAUGUUAGACGGACUGUCGGAGAUAACUUGUUCUAUGGGAAACUGGACUUCAGCUCCUACGUGCUUGGAAAGAUGCCAGAAUAUCAAUGUUGACAAUGGUUAUUUCACCUUGGAAAAGAAAACAUUUAGUUUACAGGAGAAGGUCACCUAUGGUUGUCGUAAUGGCUUUGUAACUCCAGAAGGACAAGAAACAAGAGAGAUACAGUGUCAAGAGGAUGGCUGGACUCCACCUCCAAAGUGUAUCAAAUCAUGUAGAACAACUCAUUUGGACAUUUUGACUUACCACGCAAAUAAAACUGUGUUCAUGCCUGAAGAUACACUUGAGUAUGCAUGUUUGGAGGGAUAUCAGACUGAAAAUAAUUUAACAAUUGGUAGCGCAAGGUGUGGCCUAAAUGGUGAAUGGAGUCCAACGCCCCAGUGUCUUGCAAUAGAAUGUGAAACGCUGAUAUUGCACCAUGGAGAUUUUUCUCCCAAGAAGGGUAAAUACCGCAGUGGAGAUGUUGUGAAAUUUACCUGCGCAAACAAUUACGUGAGAGUGGGCCCUGCCUCUACUCAGUGCUACUACUUUGGAUGGUUUCCAUCACCACCAGUGUGUAAAGUGAAUGCCAGAGGCUGUGGACCUCCACCUGAGAUUACCAAUGGAAUUGUUGCUGGUGACUUUGUGGAAGAGUAUCGGCAUGGAGACAGAAAGCAAUAUGAAUGCAACACUGAAUUUAAAUUGGUUGGACCAAAGGAAAUAGAAUGUGUUGAUGGAGAAUGGUCAUCUCCUCCCUCUUGCAUUGAAGACAAAAUGCCAUGUGGAUCACCUUUCUCUAUUCCGAAUGUUGUUCUUCAUCAGGAAGACCAGACCCAGUUUUCUCAUGGUGAUGAAGUAAUUUAUGGAUGUAAACAAAGCUUUGGCAAUUCUAAGAAAAUGAAAAUAAAAUGUCUUAAUGGGGAAUGGAAGCCUCUACCUCUUUGUGCCGAUCCAUCUCCUCGGUGUGUACUUCCAAGGGAUGUUAAGCUUGUGCGCAGUGAUGGUCUUCCCAAGCGAAAAAAGGACACUGGGUUCCAUGGAGUUAUACAUUAUACAUGUACAUCAGCUGACAAAAGUGUUAAACAGGCAACUUGUGUGUCCGGAACAUGGUCACCAGAGAUUGAAUGUGCAUCUGAGGAGAGUACGUGCCCACCUCCACCUCAGGUGCCUGAUGCUCAACAGCUAACAGUUGGAAGAAAUUACAAGAAUGGGAGUAAAAUAGCUUUUUCAUGUCUGAAGAGUUUCCUGCUCAUCGGUGUGAAUGAAAUAACAUGUAUAGAAGGGAAAUGGCAAUCACCACCUUAUUGUGUGGAAAGACCAUGUUUGCCACCACAACCUGUAGAAUGUGCUGAUGUUCCCCAGCUGGAAAAUCAAAACUUAAAAAUUAUAAAAGAAGGGAAAACAAUGUAUUUGGCUGGUGCUAGAUUUAAGUAUGUUUCUCGUUCUGGAUACAUGUUAGACGGACUGUCGGAGAUAACUUGUUCUAUGGGAAACUGGACUUCAGCUCCUACGUGCUUGGAGGACUGUAUACUGCAAGAAAGUGUUAUGGAAGAUAACAAUAUUCAACUACAGUCAUCAAGCUUGCAGAGAGGGUCCACCUUUCGCACUGGGGAUUAUAUAUUUUUUGAAUGCAAAUGGUUGUACCAACGAGUUUCACACCCUGACAAAUUUAGAGCCAAGUGCACAGACGGACUGAUUGUGUAUCCUCAAUGUCAAUAUUUGGAUAAAUGGGAAUGGCAUGAAGGAGCCCAGCUGUGGGAAUGAAAGAUCCCUCAACCGACCCAGUGAUUUGAGCUCAGUGUUUCCCGGUGCUUCCCGUUUUGCUGUGCUUCGUUUGCAGCUUAGCCAAUGUUCUGUCUUGGAAUUUGUUAUUUUUUUUUCUUUUUAUUAUUGGAUGAUUGUGUUUAUGUUUUAUCCACAUUGUAUCCAUUUUUGUAAAUGUAUUUACAUUUUGUAAAUACGUUUACAUUUUAUCCGUCGGAAUGGUUGUGCUUGCAUUUUAUCCAUUCUAUAUUGAUCGCACUGUCAUUUUUAUGUACAAUUGUGUCCUGAAAUAGACUGGCUUUGGUGGCAUACUAAGACAAGAAUUAAAGCCCGCAGGUAGUUUGAUUAUCAGCAAGUAGAGCGUGUUUGGCCUUGUCUGUUCCUAGCUUCUUCUCUGUGUCCUUGCCUGGAAACUGCCCUGGAGUCAUGGCAGAGGUGAGUGUCCUGACUGCCUGAUCAGGAUGAGCAAGUGAGUGCAGUCUCCUUUAAAUGGCUCAGGGAAGUCUCUAGAUCACACACCCAGUUCUUGUGGGGGCAGGGGCUUUGAGCAUCCCUGACACUUGCUGGAAGGGCAAGAUGUUGGAAUGCAAGUAAUUGGGAUUUGUGGAGGGAGGCAGGAUUGACUUCUUCAUCCAGGUCCUGGAUGGGCAAAUCUGUAUGGCACACAUCUCCAUCUUUUGUUCAUUAACAAGGAAGAACUGUCUGGGAUUUUGGAAAUCAAUGGCAACCCUUUACGUGGUGACCAUGAAUUAAUGGAGUUCAUGAUUCAAUGGGGAGAAAAGUAAGUAGCAGAGCACAAAUCAUGCACCUUACAAGAGCAGAUUUUUGGCUUAUUUAGGAAACUAGUAGGUGGACUGCUUGGGAGUCAUAGAGGAGUCCAGAAAAGCUUACAGGUCUUAAAGGACAGAAUCUUCCAAGUCGUAGACUAUCUGAUUCUGGUGCUCAAGAGGAAAAACACAUUUAUCGGGAUUCUGGCUUGACUAAUCAGGGACCUUGCAUAGAUUUCUGAAGCAGAAAAGAAAUCAAUGUACAGGAGAUUGAGGCAAGAACAGGCUACAAGGUGAACUGUCUAUGGCAUUACUUUGGCAUAUAUAUGGAUAGUGUUAGGAAAG